AUGAUCAAUAUACUGGCAAAAAUCCAUCCAAAAUACGAGACAUUUACAUUUAAACCAGUAUAUGUGUUUUACAGCUUACCUUCAGCUUCUGGUUUAGCAUUUCGGCAUGAGCUUAAGAUCAAACGAGCUCAAAGGCGAAUGAGUGAUGACAGAUGUCUAGAGAACAUCGAAAUUACAGAUCUUAUAUUGCCACUACGUGCACUUUGGCUGUCCCAAAAGACAGCGCUGUCUUUCAAAAUUUAUUUAUUGUUACUGAGGGUGACCAAGAGCAAUGUGAAAGAGUCAUUGGGACAACAAGUCGAAAGAAGUAUUUUUAUGAAAGAAAGCACACUGUUUUUAAACGUCCAGCGUUUGAAAUCAUUCGAAUCAAGCGAAAUGAGUAUAGCCAGUAUUCUACCAGGUCGAAUUAGCACGUCCGUAAAAGGUGGUCGCAGGCUUUGGAGGGAACAAGGAAUCACGCAAUAUAGCUCCCAAUUGUGUUGGUUGAUCGAAUGCUUGAAUACAUGUGGACAUUUAGGACUCAAGAAGAGGACGGAAAUUGAUAGACCCAGUAGACUAUAUACUGGCACCCAGGACACGACGAAAGUUACCAGUAGGUUGCAUAUACGCAUUGGUUAUUGCGACCCCAAAUUUACGAAGUAG